AUGACUGCCUCGCCUCCCGCUGAGUCUGCCAGCAACGCUGCUACCACUGAGCCGCAAUGGGGAAGAGUUUUAUUGUGCGGUGGGACUGACUGGCCGCGGUUGGGUCGCAAGGAUCGUGGUGGAAGCAAGAAGGCGCAAGAGCCAACGAGCGUUGGUCCGGACCUCCUCGAACCCCACAUACUGCGCUCUCUGAGCAACGUCAAGGUCGCCUCGAUCCACACCUCUUGUGCGGGAUGCUUCGUCGUCAUGCUUGACGCCGAUGGCGCUGCCUGGCUGUUCGGGCGGAACGACCGUGGCGCGCUCGGUGUCGCGGGCGUCGAGGUUAUAUCCGAGAACGCGCCCAUGCGCCUGACGGCGCAGGAGCUCGGGGCUCCCAAGGGAACACGUUUCGUGCACGCCGCCUGUGGGAGGAACCAUACCUUGCUUGUGGGAAGUGGUGGACAGCUGUGGACGGCGGGGGCGAACCAGCUCGGGCAGUGUGGCCAUCCGCCGUGUCCAGAAAUUUCUGCGUUCAAGCUGGUCCAGGGGCCGAAGUAUGGCGGAGUGAAGGAAAAUGUAGUGAAAGCAGCUGCUGGCAUAACAUUCUCGAUUGUCAUCACAGCGAGCGGCAAAGUCUUUGCUUUCGGGAACGGCGAACAUGGCCAACUCGGGAAUGGGAGGACUGGAGAGCACAUCGUCUCCGCGGGCAAAAUAGCAUUUGACGUCGAACCGGAACCUAUCCUUGUCAAGGGUCUCGAAGGCAAGAAAGUCACGCAGAUCGCAUGUGGACAGCAGCAUAGUAUAGCCUUGGACUCUGAAGGGGUCGUGUAUGUUUGGGGCUACAAUGGCUAUUGCCGCCUUGGUCUGGGAAACCAGCAAGAUGUCCUAAUACCCAAACCUGUACCGCAGUUCGCUGGCCCAAAAGAGAUAACGAUGGGGACUGAAGUAGCUGCAGGGCCAACUAACUCUGUUGUCAUCGACAAGCAAGGCAUGUUUUGGAUGGCCGGCAAGUGGAAGAUGACUGGGGAUGGUUCCUCCGGCCAACCAUAUUCCUCCUUCCGAUACAUGCACGAUAUCAUGGGUUGCAAAGUGGUGCAUGCCGCGUGCGGAGGCGUGACGCAUUGGGCUCUGGCUCCCGACGAGGACGAUAGCGUCAUGACGGUCACGUUUGGCCAGGGUGCUUCGAACGGUUCCUUGGCUGGGCCCAACGAGAGCAAGAGCGCGACGAAGCCCACACGGCAUCAACCACUGAUUGGAUUGACGUCUUUCAUUGAAUGGCAUUUCCAGAGUCGCGGGGGCCAGAACACGACGUACUUCCUGGCUAACCCGAACGAGAAGUUGUCUGAUCUUCCAAGACAUCCUGCAGACCUGGACUCGCCUGACCAUUGCGACCACCCAUACACACGAACUGUCUCAACCUCCUUUGGACGCGGUGCCGAUGGAGAAUGGUUCUGUCCUGAAUGCGAGGAGAGUCCAGGUGCGCCCGUGGGCCUGAAGCGGAAAGCCGAGGCUGACGUGGAAGACGAGGACUCGGAGCCUGCUUCGAAGGCGGGCAGAAAAGGAAGGCACCGGGAGCUAGGCUGUCUAACUGGGCUGUCUGCAGCGAGCAAGCGGAGGAAGUGA